AUUCUGUUUGCUGCCUCGGGCAUCUUUCGCAUCUGUAUCAUCCCCUGUGGCGUAUACGCUGCCUUGAUGGAUCCCUUGACGGUGAUCCUUCCCGGAGAUGCGCGAGAUGCCGUCGAUGGCAGGAGAGAUGAGUCUGGUGAUGAGGGCAUUCUUGGCGUGCCGAUGGAGCUGCCCUUCCACCCAAGACGGACAGCUCUCCAGGCAUACAGAAGGAAGGUGUGCAGCUACUGGCCAUGGGAGAGAAGAAAGCUGUAUUCUCUGCCAUCUGUCUGUCGGUGUGUGCAUCUGUCUGUGCUCAGUACAUCCCCAAGCCUGACGAUUUGGUGAUUGGGAUCAUCAAGCAGAAGACCGGAGAGCAGUACAAAGUCAGCAACACACUCGCACACACACACAUGAUCUCACGCACACCCCAAAUCCUCUCCGUGUGCUUCUCAGGUGGACAUCAGGGCGCCGUUCGAGGCCACUCUCGACUCGACGGCCUUCGAGCGUGCGACCAAGCGGCACAAGCCCAACCUGCAGGUGGGCCACGUGGUCUACGCCUUUGUGCAGUCGGCGCACAAGGACUACGAGACGACUUUGGUGUGCACAUCGGUGGACGUCCACAAGGACUGGACCAGCGGGGAGGGAUACCUGGGGCAGCUGCAGGGCGGAUACUGCCUCGACCUCGAUUUCAUCGCCCACGCCGACUGGUCAGUCAGUAGUCGUGACUGAUUUGUAUACCUUCGCAAUGCGUGUGUAUGUGUGUGUCCGUCUGCGUAUUCGUGCAGUUUGUUGGGCGACGAGUGUUUUGUGUUGGAGCAGCUGGGUGCGGUGGUCAAGUAUGAGGUCGCCGUGGGCCGCAACGGCCGCAUCUGGGUCAAGACGGAGAGGCCCAAGGAGACCCUUCUUGUCCUUAGUGCCAUCAAGACGGCGUUGACCAAGGCACUCACGCUCGAGCAGGUGACCACGAUGCUUCUGUGCCAUUCAUCCAUUGGUCUGCCUGCUUUGUCCUUAUGUGUCUGGAGUGCAGACGCAGGCGGCCAUCAACAUCUUCGUAGAGCGGCUGACCUGAUGAGGAAUGUGUGGAUAGGUAUGUG